GAGACCGUCACGCCAUUGCUCGUGCGCGCAGUUUCAUGACGGAAAGAGUACGGACUACGGAGCACUACUGCACAUUUCUUUCGGCCAGCAACGCCGUUGUUAUGACAACCCUACAAGUACCACCACCUAUUGCGAGGCUCCCCACCGUGCGCUCUCGACGCCUCGCCUUUCUCCAAAUCCAAAGAUCCUCCAAAUUUGGGCCGCCGCCGGUAACCAUGUCCUCGUCAUCGGAUCCGUCUCUGGCCACUGAGGCGCCCCACGCGGCUGUCACGGCGGAGCGGAAGCUCAACAUCGACCUGCAGGAGCAGCUUCCGAAACCAUAUCUCGCGAGAGCGAUGGCGGCGGUGGACCCGAGCCACCAGCAGGGCACGAGAGGGCGCGACACCCGCGGGAUGAGCGUGCUCCAGCAGCACGCCGCCUUCUUCGACCGCAACGGCGAUGGGGUCAUCUACCCAUGGGAGACCUUCCAAGGCCUGCGAGCAAUAGGGCUUGGGUACGCUUCAUCCGUCGGGACCGCCAUGCUCCUCCACCUCGUCCUCACUUAUCCUACUCAGCCGGGAUGGAUCCCUUCCCCUGUGCUCUCAAUCCAUAUAAAGAACAUGCACAAGGGCAAGCAUGGGAGUGAUUCAGAAACAUAUGAUACUGAAGGGAGGUUUGAUCCAUCAAAAUUUGAUGCUAUAUUCAGCAAGUUUGGUCAAACACGACCAAAUGCUUUGACAGAGGAUGAGAUCAACACCAUGCUUAAACACAACCGUAAUAUGUAUGAUUUUCUGGGUUGGUCCGCUGCCAUCCUCGAAUGGAAGACUCUGUACAAAGUGGCAAAGGAUAAAGAGGGAUUGCUGCAACGGGAAGUCGUAAGGGGCGCCUUCGAUGGCAGCCUGUUCGAGCGACUACAGGAUAGCAAAAAGUCUUCUUAAGGCCUCACAAUUCCAGACAGAGUGUUGUUUAGUAGAACAUCUGCACUCCCAAAUCAUGUGUGGCUAUGUGUCGUGCGCUAAAUAAAAUAUGCAGCUUUAGGCAAUUCAAGUAAUAAAUGUUUCACUAUGACAGUGGUACUUGUAAUGUACAACCAUGAAAAGAUGUAUCCGUUUCUCUUUAUUAUCAUGUGAAGACUUUUAAUGUAGUUGUGCUGU